CAAUGACAAUCAAUGGUCCGAUUGAUGCGCCAUCUAGCGUAUCUUUAGGUCAUCAUUUUGCACAAACAAACUAGUUUUGGAAAACAUAGGAAAUGGCUACAAGUGGAUCUGACGACAGCUGUAUUGCACCUGCGGAUUUUAAUUUAUCUUCGUUAAUAGAAGACAGUACAGAGGAAACAGGGGUUAGAGAAAGCUGCCCCUUGUGUCAAAGUCGCCAAAAGUCCUUUCACUGCACUAUUUGUGUGAGAAAUGGGGACUUUGUUCUCUCAACCUCACCCGUAUCAGAAAGGUUUGCUGAGAAACAGCUGCGUUUGCUGGAAGUGCGGAAAAGACGACUUUGUAUUGAGAAGGAAUGUGAAAGAAGACUGAUGAUCAAAAAGGAAAGAGAUGUGGUGAAAAAUGAAAUUGAUGCAUGUCGAGAUCGCGUCCAGCUUCUUCGCCUUCUAUUGACUACCACUAAAGACAAUAUUAGUGAAAACGAAGCCUUGGAGCGGAAAUUAAAGGAAGAAAAUGGUUCUCGGCUCAAAUAUCUACCAGUCUAUUCAGAUCGCGUCAAAAAAGUCGCUGAAAUGGUGGUCAAUUUAAAAGCCACCUGUAAUAAGAAGGAUUCUGCUGUCAAAGAUUUGCAAGAAAAGUUAAAAAGGAUUAUUCGAAGCAAUGUGCACCAGCUUGUUCGCUUCAUUUUCCCCAUAUCAGUGAUCACUCCUUCACGCAGCAUGGAAGAUUGUAAUGACACUGUAUCAGCUUUAGCUGAUGCUUUACGCACAACCUACAUCAGAGGUAGAUGGGUGUUUACUGACAGCACUGGAGAGCUGCAGCAUUGUAUUGUUGCUCCCAUGUUACCUGGCUCAGGAAACUAUUCUGCCUACAACGAUUGGGUGGCCUCGACAAAGGAUGGUGUACCCAGUAGUGGAGAUACUGCGGAACGUAAUCCAGGCUACAAUAUCAGUGCGGCUUUGACCUACACUACUCAGCUCAUUAAUGUUUUGGCAUUUUAUCUGGAUGUUCGCCUACCGUGCAAAUUACAUUACAGUGAUUUCUGUGGAACUGAGCUCAGCGAGCAAAAGUUUGCCAAAAGAGUUGCACGUUUAAACUGGAAUGUGCUUCAUCUUUGCUUUUCUCAGAGUGUCAGUCCUGAUUUGUUACAUCCUAAUCACACUUUGUCAAACAUAUUGCAUCUGUUGGACACUCAAGUCAGUGAUUUGGGAAGACAAGGUCCUUUAGAAAUUGAUCCUAUGCUAGCUAUUUCUGUUGAGGACCAGCUACAGAGAGAUCUUGCUGAGGCAAGUGAUGAUUCAGGGUCGGAGGAUGAAAGUGAUGCCUUACCUUUGGAAUGGGAAAAUGUUCCUCUAAUACCAGGUUGUCCUGAAAUGCCUGGUUCAUUAAGUCAACUCUCUCAACAAAUGAGCAGUACUCAACAAGCAACCAGUAUGGCUGGAGGUCUUGUUACAAGUAUUGCUUCAGUAUGGCGGGGACUAACUGGAAAUAGAUGACUUUCUAAAUUUGAAGCAAAAGUGUCACCAAACACAAGUCCAUGUAGUUUGUUUUAUCAAAAAGUACUUUUGAUCUUCUGGUCAUAAAAAUUGAUAGCCGUGCCACUUCAUGUAUUUUCAGUGUUGUUUACAUGGUGCUCUGCUCUAAAUGUGAUGUGAUUUAAUUAUUUAAUUUCUAGACUUGUAAUCUUGUAAUGUAAAUACUAAUAAUUAUAAAAUACAUGUUACUUUUGUGAUUUCAAUGUUGAAAUUUUUCUUAAAUGCAAUAUAGAAUAUUCUGAAAAUGA